AUGAAGGAUUAUGGAUUCUUCCCAACAGUAGAGUCUUGCAAUGCAUAUCUGAGCUCAUUGCUUCAAUUACAUAGAGCUGAUAUUGCUUUGGUAUUCUAUAGAGAAAUGCAGCGUUGUAGGAUUUCACCGAAUGUUUAUACUCUUAAUAUGGUUAUAUCUGCUUAUUGUAAAUUGGGAAAGUUAGAGAACGCUGUUGAGGUCCUUGAGAAGAUGGAAAGCAUGGGUUUUAGUCCUAUAAUUGUAUCAUAUAAUACACUGAUUGCAGGACACUGCGAUAAGGGUCUUCUGAGUUCGGCUUUGAAAUUCAAAAACUUGAUGUUGAAGAAUGGAUUGUACCCGAAUGUGGUUACUUUUAACUCACUUAUCGGUGGGUUAUGUAAAAGCAUGAUAAGGAGUGGUUAUCAUCCUGAUGAGCAUACUUUUAAAAUGCUGAUAUCUAGCUUCUGCAAUAACAGGGAUUUUGAUGGAGCAGUCGAAGUCUUGAAAGAAAUGUUUGAGAGAUCCAUUGCUCUUGAUUCAAGCAUCUUAUCUGAUUUAUGUCUAGGACUAUACGGAUGCGGAAAUGAGAAAAUGUUAAAAUUGUUAUGCGUUGAGAUGGAAGCUAGACGACUUAUCCCUCGAGGUUUUGACCUGGCAAAGAUUAUAUCCUCUGGAAUAGUGGAAGAGAACUGA